AUGAAAGCUGUUACCAUUCAAGCUAACAAACCUGUGGUUAAAAAUGACCAGCCUUUACCAACUUUGAAACCUGGUUUUUUAUUAUGCAAAAUUAAAGCUGUCGCAGGUAACCCAAUCGAUUAUAAAUUAUUGGAAUUGAAUAUCGGAACAGAAGGAGCCGUCUUGGGUUGUGACGCCUUUGGUGAAAUUGUUGAAUUGGGCGAAGGAGUUGAUAAAUCACGCUUUAAUGUUGGUGAUUAUGUUUACGCCUUUGUUUAUGAUUCUGUAUUCACUAAUCCACAAAAUGGGGCAUUUGCAGAAUAUGCAAUUAUCGAUUCAAAAGUAGCAUUCAAAGCUUCAAAAUCCUGGAAAUUAUCUGGCAAGGAAGAUAUUUCAGCAGAUCCAGUUAACUCCAUUGAAGGGGCAGUAAGCUUACCUCUUUGCUUUAUCACAGCAACUUUGUCAUUGACUUAUAAUUAUGGCAUUAAAUUGGAAUGGCAACCAGAGAAGCCACAAAAUAACUUUCCUGUAUUAAUUUGGGGUGCUGGUAGUACUGUUGGCUUUCUCUUAGUCCAAUUGUGUAAGCAAUUGCAUGCCUAUUCUGAAAUUAUUGUUGUAGCUUCCAAGAAGCAUGAAAAAGUCUUGAAGUCUUUGGGUGCUGAUACAUUGUAUGAUUAUCAUGAUGAAGACGUUGUGGAACAAAUUAACUCCAAGAACUAUGGUUUUCAACAUUUAUUUGAUGCAUGUUCUACUCUUGCAACUACAAGACAAGUUUAUAACUGUGCUUCUCCAACCAAGUCAGCUGUUGUUACACAAUAUAACAUGGUUACCGUGAAGGAUAUUGAAGAUAAAUAUAGAAGAGAUGAUGUGAAUAUCAUAGGUACUGCUGCAUUUAGUAUAUCUGGUGAAGACUUGAAGUUUGGUCCAAAUAUCACUAUGCCAGCCGAUUUGAAAUAUAGACAACAAUGUAUUGAAUUGGUUAAGUUUUUUGAACCAAAGAUUUUGAAUGGUGAUAUCCAACAUCCAGGUAUUCAUACAUACAAAAAAGGUUUAGAGGAUGUUCCUUUAAUGUUGUCUGACAUUGAAAAUCAAAAAAAUUCUGGGCAAAAAUUUGUUGUCCCAUUUUAA